AUGAGGAUAUUUCCACUCAUUCGGAGUUACGCUCAUGUUGUUAUUCGAUACAGUACUGCUGCUGCUCACAGAAAUGUUGCAAAUGAGGUGAAGGAGAUACUUCGUAUAGCCGCUACCGGUGACUUGGACUCAGCGUUACGCAAACAUGAGCAGUUUAGACAAACGAACGAUGUACCAGAUUGGGGUGUGGUGAAGUUGUCAAGUAUUUUACUUGUCAAUGGACGAGAAAAGGAGUCAGAACACUUGUUGCGACAACAUUAUCAAGAAUAUGGAGCUGAACAUCGAUUUGCUCGCAAAUCUCUCAUCCAAGAGGCACAAGUGACAGCGGCUCUACUGCGUGUGAUGAACUGCCCACAAGAUGAUGCUGUACACAACGCUUUCCAACUGUAUCAUUGGUUACUUAAGGGUAGAUACUGCUCGAAUAGAGACGCUUAUAUCCUCCUAUUUGUGGAAAAAGCUCUGGAAAGGGCAUCCAAUGAUUCGCACGAUCACAUACAUGCGACAACAAAGGAUGACAAAAGGUACAGCAAGAGAUAUGAAAAGAAAAGUGAAGAAGAAGAAAAACGAUGGAAUUACCAUAUUGCAUGCCAUAGCACGCAUUAG